UACCUAAUAUCAAUCCCACAUUCCCAUUUCCGUUCUCUUUUAGCAUCAUUUCAACUAAAAAAUCCAGCUUCAGAUGCUUGCCACUUCAAAGUUUCCUGAUGCCUAAACCCUACGUACGCUCCAUUAAUAUUUGAUCCCCUUUUCCUCCCACAUCCUAACCCAUCAAAUCCAUUUCGUUCCUGACUCUCUAUCUCCUCAAUCACAACCUUCCGAUCUCACCGUAAUCUUCAUAUAAGCCGCCAAGAAACUCAAACCCUACGAUGACUUCCCUGCAGCUCCUAAACCCCAUAAUUCUCGCGGGAAGACGAAGCCCACGCUUGUGGACCAAUGGGGCGCCGCCACGUUCGUGCCUUAACGUGGACGUGCGCGCACUCGAUCAAAGGAUGCCGGCGGCGGCGGCGGUGGAGAGCCAGGAGGUGAUCGAGGCGGAGAAGAGGGUUAUGGUGGGGACGUACAAUAGACCGCCUUUGGUGAUCGCGAGUGGCAAAGGGUGUAAAUUGUACGAUCCUGAAGGGCGAGAGUAUUUGGACUUGAUGUCUGGGAUUGCUGUCAAUGCUCUUGGACAUGGGGAUCCGGAUUGGAUACGGGCCGUUACAGAGCAAGCCCAUGUUCUCACCCAUGUCAGCAAUGUCUACUAUUCCAUUCCUCAGGUGGAGCUGGCAAAACGGCUGGUGGCUUGCUCCUUUGCUGAUCGUGUCUUUUUCUCAAACUCUGGAACUGAAGCAAAUGAAGCUGCCAUAAAGUUUUCAAGAAAGUUCCAAAGAUUUUCAUGCCCUGAGAAGAAGGAGCCUGCAACAGAAUUCAUUUCUUUCACUAACAGCUUCCAUGGGAGGACGAUGGGGUCCGUGGCUUUGACUAGUAAGAAGUAUUACCGAUCACCAUUUGAGCCUGUCAUGCCAGGAGUCAAUUUCUUAGAGUAUGGAGAUGUACAAGCUGCAAGAAAGCUGAUUAAAUCUGGAAAAAUCGCUGCUGUGUUUGUUGAACCUAUCCAGGGUGAAGGUGGGAUUAAUAGUGCAACUAAAGAAUUUUUGCAAACAUUGCGUGGUGCUUGUGAUGAUUCGGGUUCUCUUCUGGUCUUUGAUGAGGUUCAAUGUGGCUUGGGUCGUACUGGUUAUCUCUGGGCGCAUGAAGUUUAUGGUGUAUUCCCAGAUAUAAUGACUCUGGCCAAGCCGCUUGCAGGAGGACUUCCCAUAGGAGCUGUAUUAGUGACGGAAAAGGUUGGUGCUUCAAUGAAGUAUGGAGAGCAUGGAAGCACCUUUGCUGGGGGACCUCUUAUCUGCAAUGCCGCCCUUGCGGUCUUAGACAAAAUUUCCAACCCUGAAUUUCUGAGAAGCGUCUCAGAGAAAGGUCAGUACUUCAAACAAGUGCUGACAAAGAAGCUGGGAACAAAUCCGCAUGUGAGAGAAGUACGUGGUUUGGGGCUCAUUGUUGGGGUAGAGCUGGACGUAUCUGCUUCACCGCUUGUGGAUGCCUGUCGGAAUUCUGGUCUGCUAAUAAUAACAGCCGGAAAAGGAAAUGUCAUCAGGCUUGUGCCACCAUUGAUCAUCUCUAAGCCAGAAUUGGAGCAGGCAGCUGAGAUUAUGUCUAAAUGUUUGCCUGCCCUUGAUGGCUCUACUUGAAUUUAAUGUUUAAGUAACAUAAGUUAACUUUACAUAUAGGAAAUGUAAAUUGUUGACUUUUAUCUGAACCUAUGUAUUCUUACUGCAAGGUAGAUUGUGUUACUUUCUUUUU